AUGCUGCGCUUGGCAGUGGUGCUUCUAGGACUUAUGGUGGGCUUCGGCGCCGAGCUUUGCCUCGAUGAUGGUGUGGCAGAAAGUGAGCGAGCAUACAUCCAGGAUGAUUCCGGCAACAACAUUCUAAUCGGAGUCUUCGAAAUGGCUUGGGCAUCUUCCACCCUUCUUGCCGAGAUGACAGCAGUGAUGAUUCGUGAGGUGCUUGGCUUCCAUGCUCAUGUAGAUCCUACAGUGGGUGGGAAUGGAGCUUCUCCUGUCUUCGCUUUGGCAGGAUGUACCGACUUCAACGACAAAGUCAACCGGAAAUGUGGUACCCAAGAAACGACGAUUCAUGUCAGCGUGGACUCCUGGAUUGGAAGCUAUGCUUCUACCCAGAAUCAAUUUGCCAAGGAGUAUCCAAGAAUUGCCGCGGAGGACUUGGGGAGCAUGGGAUAUCUUGGCGAAGAAUCCAUGUAUGUGAGCCAGGCUAUUCUCAAUGCUGCCUACAGUGAAUCAGGUCUUGCUCUGGACUUCUACAAGAGUUACAACACUUCGCAUCAUGAUCCGAAGAAAUAUUUUGGUUCCAUCCACGAUGUGAACUUGUCAGAGUUGGCGCUCUGCAGUGAGACCGACCUGAGCGACCGGAGCCAAAUGUCGGACUAUGCCAAGUAUUCAGGCGACUAUGACGGGGUUGUCAGCCAACCAGAUGGUACAUUUGUCGCCAAGUGUACCAACGACCGCUGGUGGUAUGCCCCUGCAUGCCGUCACAACGGCUCCGCAUGUAUCCCUGUCUUCACGGCCGGGACCGGGUGGAAAGCACAGCCCAUGAUGCAAUGGUCAACGGCUUACGGAAUUCCAGCGGCUCUCGCAGUCUCUGGCUCGUGGUCCUUGUUCUUGAAGCAUGUGCGGACUUUCCAGUGUCUACACUAG